AUGUCGAAGACAUUCUUGCCGCAGGGUAUUCUCUGUUUGGGGAUGUAUCUUGUUCUGGAAGGAACGACCAUGCUGCAUGACAUGAAUAUUUUCUUGGUUUCGUGGUACACGCCCAUUCUGCUCGAAGCCUACAAGUUCUGGUUCUAUGCUAUCUGUAUAGCAAUUGCUAAAACCGUCUUGGAUCUCCUCUUUGGCCCGGCGGCGCCCAGCACUCCAAACGGCUCUGUGGAUGAGAAAAAGAAAGAAGAGGCAUCGGGUAACUCCUCAUCCUCGAAACCGGUCCCAUUUACUGUAUAUCUCUUGAGUCGGCUUGUAAUUGACAGUUUGGACUUGACUAUUCCCGGGUCUUUACUGGGAUGGAUCACCGUGAGCGAAAUGGGGGUUGCCAUCGCCAUGCUGGCAAGCACCAUACUUGUCUGGCCAACUGCCUGGGCGAAAACACAACAGUAG